UGUUGCGUUUGUUUGAAUUAUGAAACUAAUCUAACUCCAUAGAGGUGGACCUCGUCGCCUAGACUUACAUUUACCUCUACAGGUGAGACAUGUUUUCCAUUUCUUGUAAAUUGGACAAAAAUGCACUACAGUGCUACUCGCCAGUUAGCUAGCUGUAGCUCAAUAAAAAAGUGUAGCUUGUAUUUUAGGCUGACUGGUUUGCUAGUUCUCCUAGACAGAAUGUGCGUUCUAUGGUACAUUUCUUUUCUAAUCGAAUAAUUUGCCGAAUAACCUUGUCAGUUAACUAAAGUCUGGUUAUUAGAAAGCUAACCCACGGUUAGGCUAGUCAAUCUUUCUUGGCGGUAGGCACAAACUAAUCUUGACUUUUUGGUGCUGCCCUUAUUUCACGGGGGUACGAGAAAGAAAAUCCCCCCCGGGACGCUACCAGGACGUGCGAUAUGCACCUGUUUCCACCACAAAUGACCAUUGCACAGACUCGCACUCGCUCUAAAUAAAAAAUUCCCGAAUUCCGGGAGAUUUUACAGCAUUUGCGGGCAUCCGGGAGCCGCCAUUGAAAUGCGGGAGACUUCCGGAACUUCCGCGAUACUUGGGAUGUCUGCACUCACACACACUCUGAUUUCUUCCUCCAUAGUUGGACCACUUGGCAUAUGCCGCAAAAAGUUGCCUCAAAACCAAAAACGUACACACCAAUUGUUGUUACGCUUAAUAGCUGAAAAUACACAAGAUCGUUGGAAAAAAAAUAAAGCUUGUAGGUUUAAGGUUAUAGUUUAGUAGGUUUCCCAAAGUUUAAAAGCAUCUGAGCUUUUACGUUCCUGCAGGAACUUGUCUGUCAAUCACAAGUAAACGUCAAUCCAAUCAGGUAAGAGGGCUCGCUUGACGAACAUGCAGACGGACCAAUAGGACACCGGUAAACAAGCUGCUGGAGGGGGUUGGACGGGGUAUCCAUGUCAGCAACGCAAGGCGCUUUUGUUGUUUCACCGAAGGAACGCUACCCGGGGAUAUGCAAUGUCUAAAGUCAUAGGAUUUAAAUGAAACUGCACGAUUUAGGUUUAACAGGCUGAAAGAUAGUCUCAUACUUAAUAUACACUGUGAAAAACAAUGACAGCUUGGUUUCGUUGAAGAAGGUUAGCUAAUGUUAGCUCUGCUAGCAACUUCAGGAGUUCUUCCGAGAUUUGAAGCGGAAGGAAGCGAUCCAAGAAGGCAGGGAAGGAGGAGAAAUCAGUGCUGUGAUGCUGCUCGCAAGUUGGACAAAUGUGUUCCACGGUGAAAAACAAGCGAUGGGCCUUACGACUUCUGUAGCAUCAUGUAUACAUAUGAUUAAUAUCAAGUUAUAAGGGUUAUUUGGUGUCGUUGAAACGUUUUGUCACUCUGUUGUUGGCUAACCAAUAGCCACGUAUUGAUAGCAAAGCUAGUUAGCAUUCAGCUAGUAAGAUGGCGGAAGGCUGGACCGUCCACCAGGCCGUACUAGUCUUCUCGUUGAUGAGUCUGACUGCACUGGGACUGGAGUCCUGUCCGCCUCCAUGUUCGUGUCGGUUGGGAUCUGACGAGGUCCAUGUCUUGGAUUGCAGUAGGAAAAAGUUGUCGGUGCCACCCCUGGAUCUACCGGAUGGAAUAACUCAUGUAUCGUUGAAUCACAAUGACCUGAUAGCUGUCCCUUAUUUAGGGGACGUGACGUCUAACAUCACCAGUCUGAGUCUGGUCCACAACCGGAUCUCUGAGCUGGCCACGCUUCUUCUCCAGCCGUACGUGUCCCUGGAAACCCUGGAUCUCUCCUCCAACUCUCUCUCUGAGAUCAAGGCUGGGGCUUUUCCAUCUAUGCAGCUGAAAUAUCUGAACUUGAGCAACAACAAGAUCAGUUUGCUGGAGCCCGGCUGCUUUGACAACAUCUCUAGCAGCCUGCUGGUCCUCAGGCUGAACAGGAACAGGAUCGCCCUGCUGCCCUACAAGGUGUUCAGGCUGCCGCGGCUGCAGCUGCUGGAGUUCAAGCGCAACAAGAUCAAGAUGGUGGACAGUCUGAUCUUUAAAGGGAUGGAGGCCCUGAAGACUCUGAAGAUGCAGAGGAACGGCAUCACUAAGCUUAUGGACGGAGCCUUCUUCGGCCUCAACAACAUCGAAGAGCUAGAGCUGGAGCAUAACAACCUGACAGAGGUCAACAAGGGCUGGCUGUACGGUCUGCGGAGACUUCGCCUGCUGAGGAUCAGUCACAACAGCCUUACCCUCCUCCGUCCCGACUCCUGGGAGUUCUGCCACAACCUGGAGGAGCUAGACCUGUCCUUCAACCACAUGAGCCGUCUGGAGGGGACGGCGCUGGCUGGGCUGGCCCAACUACAGAGCCUUAACCUGGGGGACAACGCUCUCACUCACCUGGGGGAAGGAGCCUUCAGCAGCCUGGCCAGCCUGCGCACCCUAGACAUCAGGAACAAUGAGAUCUCCUGGGCCAUCGAGGACUCUGUUGGUGUGUUUGUAGGGAUGAAGAAGCUCACCACCCUGAUUCUACAGCAGAACAAGAUCAAGUCCAUCACUAAGAAGGCCUUCGACGGCCUGGACGAGCUGGAACACCUAGACCUGAGUAAGAAUGGGAUAAUGUCCAUCCAUCCGGAGGCUGUGGCCCACAUGCACCUGAAGGAGUUUCUCCUGAACAGCAGCAGUCUGUUGUGUGACUGUCUGCUGCAGUGGCUGUCUCCCUGGCUGUCUGGCCAGCCCUUCCAAGGCUCUGUGAGGGCUGUUUGUGCCUACCCGUCCCCCCUGCAGGGCCAGAGCCUGCUGGAGGUGGCCCCAGGCCUGUUGCUCUGUGACGACUUCCCCAAGCCCCUGAUCACCACCCACCCAGAGUCGUCCACCGUCCUGAGAGGGACCAACGUGACCCUGAGCUGCCUGGCGGCCAGCAGCAGCGACUCCCCCAUGGCCGCGGCCUGGAGGAGGGACGGGGAGCUGCUGUACGAGCCGGAGGUGCAGACCUACGCUCGCUUCCAGGACGGCCAGCUCCUCCACUCCUCCCUCCUCCACCUGCUCCACGUCAACUUCACAGACGAGGGGCGGUACCAGUGUGUCGUCUCCAACCACUUUGGCUCCAACUACUCCAACAGGGCCAGGCUCACUGUGAACGAGCUGCCCUCCUUCCUAAAGACACCCAUGGAUCUGACCCUGCGUACGGGCACCAUGGCGAGGCUGGAGUGUGCAGCGGAGGGCCACCCCGCGCCCCAGAUCGCCUGGCAGAAGGACGGAGGCACGGACUUCCCUGCCGCACGUGAGCGCAGGAUGCACGUGAUGCCCGAUGACGACAUCUUCUUCAUCGCCAACGUGAAGACGGAGGACAUGGGCGUCUACAGCUGCACUGCCCAGAACACAGCAGGCAGCCUGUCUGCCAACGCCACCCUCACUGUGCUGGAGACCCCGUCCCUCCUGCGCCCCCUGGAGGACAGGGUGGUGGCCCGCGGGGAGACGGCCGUGCUGCAGUGCAUCGCGGGGGGGAGCCCCGCUCCCCGCAUCAACUGGACCAAAGACGACGGCCCAUUGGUCCUGACGGAGCGCCACUUUUUUGCGGCGGCCAAUCAGCUGCUGAUCAUCGUGGAGGCGGGCCCGGGGGAUGCGGGCAGGUACACCUGCAGCAUGUCCAACACGCUGGGGACAGAGCGAGGGCAGGUGUACCUGGGCGUGGCCCCACAGGCAGGCUGCGAGGCGGGGGAUGCAGACGGCUGGGCCACCGUGGGCAUCGUGGUGAUGGUGGUGGUCAGCUGUGUGGUGGGAACCUCACUGGUCUGGGUCAUCGUCAUAUACCACAUGAGGAGGAGGGGAGAGGAUUACAGCAUCACCAACACAGAUGAGCUGACCCUGCCUGCAGACAUCCCCAGCUACCUGUCCUCUCAGGGGACUCUGUCAGAGCCGGUGGAGGGAUACAGCAACUCAGAGGCCGGAUCACACCAGCAGCUCAUGCCCCCCCUCUCCAACACACACACUCACAAGGGCACUGACGGUGUGUGUUACGGAGACACGGGCAGCGAGGUGGAGGCGGAGCCUAGCAGAGGGAGCUCUCUGUUCACGGGCAGCGAGGUGGAGGCGGAGCCUAGCAGAGGGAGCUCUCUGUUCACGGGCAGCUUUUAUCCUGGAGAGACUGAAGGGCUGGGGGGGGGCGCUGCAGGCCCACUGGUUACCUGCUCUGACUGCUACGAUAACGGCAGCAUGUACUCCCGGCCUCGUGAGUCCUGCCCCUUCCUGUCUGAGGAGGACGCUCUGGAGCAGGCCCUGCCCCCCCGGCCCCCCGGGGGCCCCCACCACGCCCCCCGCCACACCCCAGACAGCAGCCAGGACCCCUCCCUGUGCCGGGGGGCCGGGGGGGCCGGGGGGCACCCUCAGCACAGCUGCAGCGAAGUUUCCUCACGGUCCUUCUGGGCGGAGGGACGUGACCCGACCCUGCAGGCCCCCCCCCAGCCGCCCGGCCCCCGCGGGGCCCCCCCACCUGGACUGGCCAGUGGUGAGGGGCAGGAGGAGGGGGGGGGCGGCCCCCAAUACAUACUACAGAAGUGCCUCUUACAGGACUAACUCUAAGGAGGAGACCUGCCCUACAUAAGCCCCUCACACACACCCACCACAUCCACACCCUCCACAUCCACACACCGUCCACAUCCACACACACCCUCCACAAA